UCGAGGGUUGACAAUUGGGUCGACAGUCUUUGGCCCAAAUUUUCUUCAUUCCCGCAAUGAACCUCUGUCGACUUUCAGCACCAUUACUGUACCUGUCACUCUCUCUCUCUCUCCCCGCCGCAGGGGGCAGCUCGCCGGUGUCGUCGCCCCUGUUUUCGACCCGAUAAAGGAUGGUUUCAAUGACUAUUCCUCAAGGAAGAAACUUUGGGCUUCCAUUCAUGAACCUUGUCAGAUUAAAGGGAAUUCCCAUUCUCCAACAGCUUCAUUUAGAGGAGCAACUGCUUCGGACCUCGUCCGAUAAUUGGUGCAUUAUAAAUGAUGGAACUAAUGAUCCCGCUAUAGUCAUGGGUGUUUCGGGAAAACCUGCAGAGCUUCUUGAAAUUGAUUUGGUGUUACGAGACCAGAUUCCCGUCAUUAGAAGGUUUACUGGAGGUGGUACUGUUACUGUUGAUCAGAAUACCCUAUUUGUCACUUUCAUAUGCAACAAGGAUGCGGUUCCUGGCUUGCAACCAUAUCCUCGACCUAUAAUGUCGUGGAGUAGCCUAGUAUACAGCAAAGUGUUUGAAGGACUUGCUGAUUUUCAGCUUCGUGAAAACGAUUAUGUAUUUGGUAACCGCAAGUUUGGUGGGAAUGCUCAAUCUAUUAGUAAAAACCGGUGGAUCCACCACACUUCCUUUCUAUGGGACUAUGAGGUUAGGAACAUGGCAUACCUGAAGCAUCCAAAACGGGUUCCUGAAUAUCGAUUGGCAAGAGACCAUUUAGAAUUCAUAUGCCACAUGAAAGACUACAUCCCAAGAUCAGUUUUUCUUGAGAAAACUGUUGAGGCAAUCGGAACCCAUUUCUCCGUGAGACCCGAACAGUCGGACACCAUUGAAGCUACCUCGAAUACGAAGUUUGUACCCUCAACUAGACUUUUGACAAGGCAGGAAUUAGAGGAAGCAGCAGCUUUUGAAUCUCAAGCUGAGAGAAAUCUCACUCAAUCAUUGUCAUUGUAAUGAAAGUGUGAAUGCUAAGAAAGACUCUUAAAAGUAGGACUCUCUGCCACCUUAUGUUUUUGACGCAAUGUUUUAUAAUGUUGGCACAAGAAUUGACGUUAAACUGUGAGGUAACACAAAGUCCAUGGAGCUUCACACUGUUGAGAGAGUCUAGUUAGCAUUUCUUUUUAUUAUUCAUUAACAAUUUUUCAAUAAAUGUAACCUUUUUUUUCAAUCAAAACAAAUGUUAUAUACCUUUUUGGACAAUGAAUUAUAUGUCAGUCCAUUUUUUUCUUGG